UGUUUCCAAUAUCUUCUUGUAUCCGGAUCCACUGCUUGAAAAUUCACUUAUUCUUUAUUUAAAAAAAUUCAUGAAAUAAAUUCCUCUUCAUCUGUUCUUCCUUUUUAUCUCAUUUUCGAUGCUCCCGAGAAUCAAAUUCGUGAAUUCCUCCUUAAAUCAACUGUCAUGAAACACCCCAUCUUCAUCUGAUCUUCUUUUCCUCACCUUCUCUACCAUCAAUGGAAACGCUGGAAACAAAUGGGUAUUCUGAUGCCCAACGAGACGACGACGCCGGAGCGGCUUUCGUGCUUGAAUCGAAAGGGAAUUGGCGUCAUGCCGGAUUCCAUCUGACUACGGCGAUUGUGGGGCCGACGAUUUUAACGUUGCCGUAUGCGUUUAGGGGGAUGGGGUGGAGUCUAGGCCUCUUUUCACUGACGGUGACGGCCGCCGUUACCUUCUAUUCGUAUUAUCUCAUGUCGAAGGUGCUCGAUCACUGCGAGAAGGCCGGCCGACGGCAUAUCCGAUUCCGGGAACUCGCUGCUGACGUCUUGGGGUCUGGGUGGAUGUUUUAUUUCGUGAUUUGUGUUCAGACGGCCGUUAACACGGGAGUUUCGAUUGGAUGCAUCUUGCUGGCGGGAGAAUGUCUCGAGAUCAUGUAUUCCAGUCUCUACCCACAUGGGCCCCUCAAACUGUAUCAGUUCAUAGCAAUGGUGACAGUGGUGAUGAUCCUUCUUUCUCAGCUGCCAUCUUUUCACUCCCUCAGAUACAUCAGCCUAGCUUCUCUUCUUCUUAGCUUGGGCUAUUCUUCUUUGGUUGUCAUUGCCUGUAUUCGUGCAGGUUACUCCAGAAAUGCCCCUCCCAAGGACUACUCCUUAGAACCUAAGAAGUCGAUACGAAUGUUUGAUGCUUUCGCAUCCAUCUCCAUACUUGCUUCGCUUCUUGGGAAUGGGAUACUGCCUGAGAUCCAGGCUACAGUGGCUCCUCCUGCUACAGGAAAGAUGGUGAAAGGGCUUGUCAUGUGCUACUGCGUUGUAUUCGUAACAUUCUACUCAACUGCAAUCUCUGGAUAUUGGGCAUUUGGUAACAAGGCCAGUUCAAACAUUCUCAAGACCCUGAUGCCCGAUGAAGGGCCUUCUCUGGCCCCAACAUGGCAAUUGGGCCUUGCAGUCAUUUUUGUUCUCUUGCAGCUCUUUGCAAUUGGCCUGGUUUAUUCUCAAGUGGCUUAUGAAAUCAUGGAAAAGAAAUCAGCAGACGUGAAGCAAGGAGUCUUCUCCAAAAGAAACCUAGUCCCAAGGCUACUUCUCCGAACCGUGUAUAUGGUAUGCUGUGCAUUUUUUGCAGCAAUGCUACCAUUCUUCGGUGACAUAAAUGGUGUAGUAGGAGCUAUUGGGUUCAUUCCAUUGGACUUCAUCCUCCCCAUGCUCUUAUACCACAUGACGCACAACCCUCCCAAAACUUCUCUAACCUUCUGGCUCAAUGCUUCUAUUGUUGUUGUGUUUACUGGCACUGGAAUCUUGGGCGCCUUCUCUUCUGUAAGGAAAUUGGUCCUCGAUGCUAAAAAAUUCAAGCUUUUCAGCAGUGAUGUUGUGGAUUGAUCAACAGACUUUUUGUCUAGAGUUGUUUUUUCAUGGCAGUUAAUGUGCUCAAGCUGGUGGAAUCUCUUACAGUUACACAUGGUGCAACUAAAAAAAUGGUGUGGUGCCGACGGUGAACAAAUUGAAUUUUAUGAACUGAAGUUGAUGGAGUUAAAAUUCUAUUGUAUUGAAGUAUGCCGUUUGGUGGGCCA